AUGAGUACCCCUCCUCUAGCCAUGAGAGCUCCUGUUGAGCGCACCGACAAUAUCACCGAGCUGCUGUGGCAGGAUGCCUUGCGUCAUCUCAGAAACACAAACAACGAGGUGCUCCUUCCACUUAACGUGGUGGAUGUCAUCGGUCAGAGGAACGUUGACAAGAUCAAGACUCGUCUGAGUAUGCUUAUUGGGACCCCAACGGUUGCUUUUCUCGAUGAAUCCAUUAACGCACUUCGCAUUCUGCAAACUCCUGCAUUUUCGGGAACUGCGGUAGCACUUGCUGCUCCAAUUAAGGAACCAGCAACUGAGAUUGAGGCUGCAUCUAUCACUAUCCAGGCCAUACCUGUGAAACAAAACAAGAUCCCUCGUCCCCCGAAUGCAUUCAUCCUGUAUCGUCAAAACCAUCAUCCAAAGGUGAAAGAAAGCAACUCAGCUCUCACCAACAAUGAAAUUUCCAUCUUACUGGGAAAGCAGUGGAAGGCUGAACCUGAAGAGGUGAAAGCCGAGUGGAGAAAACUGGCCGAGGAGACUAAACGCAAGCAUGCCGAAGAGCACCCCGACUAUCAGUACACUCCGCGCAAACCAUCCGAGAAAAAACGUCGUGGCUCGUCUCGUCCCGAACCCAAGCCCGUCAAACGCUUCCGCACCCCUGCUGCGACAGGCACUGAAUCCGAAGUCGGCAGCUCUAUCCCUGAUACUACUCUUUCUACAAUCAGUGCUGACGCCGAGACCCCGAACCACAAUCUCGCGGACCUCGAAAGUGUCGUUGGUUCCGACGAGCCAGCCAUGAUUGGCGGCCCCUACCGCUUCAGCGCCGCUGAGCUCGACAAUCUCAUUGCGGAGGUGGAGAGCGAAAACCAGCGCGCCGUGAUCUUUGCCUCGGCGAACUUCGGCAUGAACGAGAGACUCGCUGGCGAGCCUUUCGAACUGUCGGACUUCCUGGCGGACAUCUACUGAGGCGAAUGCGUCAAUCGAAAAUGAUGAUGCUCUGGCGACAUUGGAGGAGAGAGCGGCUAGGAAACGGUCUGGAGCUGGCCUCCACACUGGUCCAGGCUGCUCAAGCUCCAUGAUGAUGCUUGGUGCACUCACUGCAUUCGACUUUUCCCUACAAGAUCGGGGAUGAGAGACAGGGAAAGGGGG